GACCUGACUCAUGCAGCAGCAGCCGCAGAUCCGUUGAGUGGUCAGGGUGAAAGGUCAGGAGGAGGGGUGACUGCGGGGUCAGGGGUCAUUCAGCCAGCACAACAGCAAGGACAGGGCGGGGGAGGGGGUAAGAAGAAGAAGAAGGGGGGAAAGGGGGGUAAGGUGGUGGUGGAUGGAGCGUGCUUGGGUUUUAAGGCGACGGCAGACCCGAAUCGUAUUAAUAUCGGUGAGAUUGACACUGUGCAGACACAGGGAAAUCAAACAGCUUGGUGGUAA